AUGGCCGGUGGCCACUGUAGAAACCGCACUCCGGAGGAAGAGAUUUUGAUUCACAUUGUUCACAUCUCUCCAGAGUACACUCGUCUUUCGCUCAUCAACACAUCAGAAAUGCAAUUCUCCACUGUCGUCUCCCUCGCUGCUGUUUACGGUGCCGUCGCCAUGGCCCAAACGACCGCCGACGCUAUUUCUCAAAUCGGCGACGGUCAAAUCCAGGCCACCUCUGCUGCCGCCUCCUCUGCUGCCGCCUCCUCUGCUGCCGCCACCUCCAGUGCUCCAGCUGAGUCAUCCGCCGCCGCCGUCUCUCAAAUCAGCGACGGCCAAUUGCAAGCCACCAGCAGCGCCUCGCUAAGCGUUGCCACCUCUACUUCUGGCAACGCUACCAUCAGCUACCAAACCGAAAACGGCGCCGCCAACAUGGGUUCCGGUGCUGCCGCUAUGGCUGGCUUGGUUGCUGCCGGUGCCAUGUUGAUUUAA